CUGAUAAGGCAGAGAGUUGCGAUGACUGGGAAGACCCAGACCAGCAACGUGACCAACAAGAAUGACCCGCGCUCCCUCAACUCCCGCGUCUUCAUCGGCAACCUCAACACGGCCGUGGUAACCAAGGGCGACAUCGAGACCAUCUUCGCCAAAUACGGCAAGAUCGUGGGCUGCUCGGUCCACAAGGGCUACGCCUUCGUUCAGUACGCCAGCGAGAGGAACGCCAGGGCGGCCGUUGCCGGGGAGAACGCCAGGGUCAUCGCCGGACAGUCACUAGAUAUCAACAUGGCAGGAGAGCCAAAACCAUACAGGCCCAAGAUGGUUUCCAAGAGGCCUCUGACGUCUCUCUACAGUGGCUAUGAGUUUGACUAUGACUACUACAGAGACGAUUUCUACAGCAGACUCUUUGAGUACCACGGUCGUGUCGCGCCCCCGACCCGUGCUGUGAUCCCCAUCAAACGUUCGCGGCUAGUCGUCCCGUCCACACGCAGAGCCAAAUCCUCCUUUCCAGUCAGGGCCUGUUCUUCCUCCUCCUCCUCCUCUUCCUCCUCCCGACCGCUCAAUGUCGGCUCUUCCAUCACAGUCCCUAAGCUGAAGACGGACCAGCUCCAAACAAUCAAGAAGGAGCUGUCACAGAUCAAGACCAAGAUCGACUCACUGCUUGGAAGGCUGGAGAGGAUCGAGAGGCAACAUCGCUCUGACGGCGACAUGCAGAGGAAACAAGAGGAGAUGUGUGAGCGUCUCCAUGGUGACGCAGCAGACCAGUCUGGUGGAGAGGAGGCGGAGGGGACAGCCGAAGUUGAAGCAGGGGAGAUGACGGACGGCGGUGAAGAUGACUUUGAAGAUGAAGGCACCAGCGACAUGAUAGAGAACCACAUAUCGGACAUUGACAACUGA